AUGGCUGCUCAAACUCCCUUCACCGUGAAAUGGGGUAUUCUUGCUACUGGUGGAAUUGCCGAAAGUAAGCUGCUCCUCGGUCCCGGGCCUCGUGCCGCACAUCUGACACUUGCCACAGCGUUCUGCCGAGACUUGCUCUGUGACCCGGCCGUCCGUGACGUCCACGACGUGCGCCACGAGAUUGUCGCUGUCGCCUCAUCAAGCUCUGCCGACCGCGCGGCUAGCUUCAUCCAGAAGAUCAAGGGGCCGUCCUCCGCCAAGACGUACGGCUCCUACGCUGAGCUGGUCGCUGACCCAAACGUCGACAUCAUCUACGUGGCGACGCCCCAUAGCCACCACUUCCAAAAUGCCAUGCUGGCCCUCGAGGCUGGCAAGAACGUGUUGUGCGAGAAGGCGCUCACCGUCACCGCGGCCCAGACCAAGAAGCUCGUCGCCAAGGCCAAGGAGAAGAACCUGUUCCUGAUGGAGGCUGUCUGGACACGCUACUUUCCGCUUAGCAUCAAGGUCCGCGAGCUGAUUUCCUCUGGCGCCAUUGGCAGAGUUCACCGCACUCUUGCUGAUCUAGCUUUUGCUGACGGCAACGACGAUGGCUCUGUCACUUAUCCCGACACCAACCGCAUGGUCAACCUGGAUCUUGCCGGCGGUGCCCUCCUCGACCUCGGCAUCUAUGCUCUCACCUGGGUCUUUCAGACUCUGUACCACCUCCAGCAGGACAAGGAAUCGCCCAACGUUCUUGCUGCCAUCGACCAGUACCGCACCGGUGCCGAUGAGACGACCAGCAUCAUCUGCCACUUUCCCAAGAACAAGAUGACUGGUAUCGCCACGACUUCCAUCAAGGUAGCCACCGACCCUAACAACCUCAACUCGGCCGGCCCCGCGGUCCGCAUCCAGGGAACCAAAGGCGAGAUCCAGGUCUUUGGUCCCGCUUUCCGUCCCACACAGUACAAGGUCAUCCGGAAAGACGACAGCAACGUCGAUAUUGUCGACUGCCCCAUUCCCAAGGAUCCCAAGGUUGACUAUGGUCAUGGAAUGUUCUGGGAAGCGGAUGAGUGCGCCCGCUGUCUUCGUGAUGGCCGCAAGGAGAGCGAGACCCUACCUUUGAGUGAGAGCAUCGUCAUUAUGGAGACCAUGGACUCUGCCAUCCAGCAAGGAAAGAUCAAAUACCCUAGUAUCAUUUCUACGGAUGUCUUUGACCCUAAGAGCCCUCUCAACACUGGUAAGCGGUAA